GGUAGGAAGGAGGCUGUAUGGAGGAUAGUGGGGGUGGGAAGGGAACUGGCUGGGUGGGGUUGGAGGGGUGGGUUAAAAGUGGCAGGGAAUUUGGCUGUAUAGGGGAAAGAGUGUUAUGGUGUAGCAGAAACCAUGGGGAAAAUGGAGAGUGUGUCUUGUGAUUGGGGUUGUUUCUCUGGGUUGGGAACAGGAGAAGCUUAGAAACAUGGUCUGGUUAAAAUCCCAUAGUUUAAAAACCAACCAAGUCUCACUGUUCUGGAUCUCCCUGCGAUGAUUAAACUAAGGGGGACUGACCCCCUAAUUUCCCUGCUUCCUUUUGGGGUUGGGUUUACUCUGCAAGUCAAUGGAGAUGGCUUGUUUCAUACUGUGGGUCUCGUGCCACAGCCCAGGGGUGCAAUGUGUAGGCUGGAAAUGCUGCAGGAUGGUUUGCAUUUAAUUGCAACCCCUUUGGAGCUUAAACCUUUGAAAGAAGAGUUGCUGGGUGGGAGAGAGAGGUUCUCUGAGGGCCCAAAGGGUUUGAAUUCAGAGAAGCGGUGGCUGUAGCUCGUUCACGUGGUGGAGGAAGAUGGAGGCUGGUGGAGAAGCUGGUUGCAGCAAAGCUACCAGACUGUCAAAGAGAAGUCCACGGAAGCAUUGGAGUUCAUGAAGCGGGACCUGACUGAGUUCACCCAGGUGGUGCAGCAUGAUACAGCAUGCACUAUUGCUGCCACCGCCAGCGUGGUCAAGGAGAAACUGGUUACGGAAGGCUCCACGGGCACGACUGAAAAGGUGAAGAAAGGACUCGCAGACUUCCUGGGUGUCAUCUCAGACACAUUCGCUCCUUCCCCAGAUAAGACCAUUGACUGCGAUGUCAUAACGCUGAUGGCAACACCCUCUGGUACUACAGAACCGUACGACAGCACCAAGGCUCGUCUCUACACCCUGCAGUCGGACCCAGCAACCUACUGCAACGAACCGGAUGGCCCCACUGAGCUCUUUGAGUCCUGGCUCUCACAGUUUCACCUAGAGGAGAAGAAAGGGGAGAUCUCGGAGCUGCUGGUGACCAGCCCCUCCAUCCGGGCUCUCUACACCAAGAUGGUCCCAGUGGCUGUUUCUCAUUCCGAAUUCUGGCAGCGCUACUUCUAUAAGGUCCAUCACCUGGAGCAGGAGGAGGUUCGGAGGGAAGCUCUGAAGCAGAGGGCGGAGCAGAGCGUGCAUCGCGAGGAGCCAGGUUGGGAAGAGGAAGAGGAGGAAUUUUUGGGGAUGUCUCCCCUACCUUGUGUGAAUUUGAAAUCUCCAGAAGUGGGAAAGCAAACAACAUCUGUCCCAGCAGCAGCUGCUCCCCCAACCCUGGAGGAAAGUCCCAUCCCCAGCAUAAAGGAGCCAGCAGAGGAAAGCUGGUCUGGUCUUGCUGCAGUCCCAGCCCAGGUGACCCCGUCUGAGAGCAGCGAGAGUGUCUCCCUUGUGACUCAGAUUGCAAACCCUGCCUCUGUGCCUGAUGCACAGUUACAGACUGGAGCACAGCUGUCUGGGGCCAGGGACCUCUCCCAAAGGUUACUGGAAGCCACUUCUGAAGAGCAGGGCUCCCAGCCAAAACCAGCAGAAUCUGCACAUCGUCCUACAGCCACUCGAGAGCUGGCAGUGUCUUCAGAGCAACUGGGCUCUGCGGGGCUCAAGGAGCAGACAGAGAGCAAGCCAACGGGCCAGAUAAAGACUCUGAAAGAGGAUGGGCUGACAGAUUUACGAGUCUUUGAGCUGAACUCCGACAGUGGAAAAUCCACUCCCUCCAACAAUGGGAAGAAAGGCUCCAGCACCGACAUCAGUGAGGACUGGGAGAAAGACUUUGAUUUGGACAUGACAGAAGAAGAAGUGCAGCUGGCGCUCUCGAAGGUGGAGGUGUCUGGAGAGCUGGAAGACGAAGAAUGGGAGGACUGGGAAUAAGGCGAUUGCUUCCUCUGUGUGUGUCACAGGCUCAUUCCCACCAUCCAAUGUGAAUUAAAUCACAGAUCGACUAUUC